GUGGACUGUACAAGAAGGUGGAAUAUUUGAGCGCCCGUUGGUCAACGCCUCUCUCGCACGAUAAAGUUGUUAUCCUCAAAGAAACACAGAGUAAUUGAAGGAGGAAAAUUUUUGCUAAAAGGUGAUGGUAGGGACAGAAGUAUAAUCAAGUAUCGACAACCGAAGAAUUUUCUGAAACCUAAUCGCACCAACUCCGUUGGCCGAGGGAAUUCCGGCGACAGUUCAGCAGUCCUUGCUAUUGAAACUCCAAACAAGAUUUGAUACAACGAGUUCUUCUUGAGCAGGUGGUUUUUUUCUACUAUAUUACGGUUUGAAGUCAUUUGGGUUGGCGUUAAUUGCUAAGAGAGAACACAAAUGUCGUCACAGCUACACCUUGAGGAUGGUUCCCUUUACGGUUCCGACUCGUCAUCCAGACCGUCCAGUUUACCACCUGUAUCUACAUCUAGUAUCGACUGGUCAUCCAGAGCGUCCAAUUUGCCACCUCUACCUACAUCUAGUAAGGAGACCAGAUCCUCGUCCCCAAAGGGAAAACUAGUUUGCCAUCAAUUUACAAUUGCUCAGAUUCGAUCUGCCACCCAAGACUUCAACGAAAGCUUGCUAAUAGGGAAAGGUGGAUUCGGGAACGUCUACAAAGGCAUAAUCGAUAAUGGAACAAGAAUCAUUGUGGCUAUUAAACGGUGGAACUUCAAUUCUUCUCGAGGUGUCCGAGAAUUUGGGGCUGAAGUUGAUUUACUUCCUAUGGUGCAACACCCUAACAUAGUGUGUUUGCUUGGAUAUUGUACUGAUGACAAAGAGAUGAUCAUUGCUUAUGAGUAUAUGUCCAAUGGAAGCCUUGGAGAUCACCUACACAAGCAUCAUACUCCAUUAUCUUGGUCACAAAGGCUCAAGAUAUGUAUUGAUGCUGCACGUGCGUUAGAAUACCUCCACAAUGGGACUAGUGGGCAAGAGGUCAUAUACAACAAUGUGAAGAGCGCUGAUAUAUUGUUAGAUAACCAGUGGACAGCCAAAAUUGCAGGCUUUGGAUUGUCUAAAAUAAUCCCUAUUGAUAACUACUCAACCCAUGUUAGUACUGAAGUUGUAGGCACAUUUGGGUAUGUAGAUCCAGAAUAUAUAGCAACUGGCAGACUAAGUAAGAAGUCUGAUGUGUAUUCAUUUGGAGUGGUUUUAUUGGAAGUGCUAUGUGGGAGGCGUGCAAUCGAUAGAAAUCUUGAUAAGAAACAGCAACUACUGGUGAGAUGGACUCAAGACUGUAUGAGAAGAGGGGAACUAAAGCAGAUCAUUGAUCCAAAGUUGAAGGGGCAGAUUUCGAGUACAUGCUUGAAUGAUUAUGUGAAAGUAGUGGAAGGAUGUUUACAUGAAAGUCAAGAGCAACGUGUUACAAUGGCUGAGAUUGUUACUGGUCUUGAGUCUAUAUUGGCAUUACAAGAGAGAAGUGAUAAUUCUAUUCCCCAAAUGGGUAUAAAUGUAUCUGGUAGGAGGUUGGAUAAGCAAUUCUUCUCCUACGGACGGAACUCUGGGGGAAGCUACUUUAGCAAGGUCACAAGGCUUUUGUCUGCCAAAUCCCUCCGGCAUAAGGGAGAUGAUGGCAACAUAUCCAAACCGUCCAAUUUGCCACCUGUAUCUACAUCUAGUAAGGAGACCGGAUCAUCGUCCCCAAAGGGAGAACGUUUCCAUCAAUUUACAAUUUCUCAAAUUCGAUCCGCCACUCAAGACUUCAACGAAAGUUUGGUCAUAGGGAAAGGUGGAUUCGGGAACGUGAGGCGUGCAACCGAUUGGAAUCUUGAUGAGGAACAACGGGGAUUGGUGAGAUGGGCUCAACACUGUAUAAGAACAGGGAAAGUAGAGCAGAUCAUUGAUCCAGAUUUGAAGGGGCAGAUUUCGCUUAAAUGCUUAAAUGAUUAUGCAAGAAUAGUGAAAUGCUGUUUGCGUGAACAUCAAGAGCCACGUAUUACAAUGGCUGAGGUUCUCUUUGGUCUUGAGUCUAUAAUGGCAUUACAUGAGAGAACUGAUAGUUCAAUUCCCCAAAUAGGAAUAACUACAUCUGAUUCGGGCUUCCAGAAGCAUUUCUUUUCCUAUGGAGAGAACUCUGGGAGAAGCUACUUUAAAAAGGACAUUGAGGUUUUGUCUCCCAAAUCCAACCAGCAUGAGGGUGAUUAUGGUGACAUGCCAGAAAAGGAUGUGGAUUUUAUAUCUGAAAAAUCAUAUGAGCGCCUUAAAAUAAGUUCACAGCAAAGCAUCAGGUACUCUAGUGACGAGUUUGAUCCAACUAGUGAGCCAAACCAUGAAGUCAUUGAUGAAGACCAAACAAAAUCCUUGUAUGAAUUGAUGCACUUGGAGUAUAUACAACGAGCUGAUGCCUUGAUGAGGAUGAAGGACUUCUUACACCUCAUCUGGUUUUACCAUGUGAAAAAAGAAGCAGAGGUAGACUUUAGGUCUCUCUUAGACAAAUUUUCCUCAUUAAAUGAGUACAUAAGAACGUCACUGGACUCUCCAAGGGAUGGAAGCUACCUGAUAGAAAUUCAAACACUUCUUCAAGACAUUGAAGAACGUUUAGAUGAUGCUCAUUUUGAUAUGGUGGCCUAUUUACCAGAAGACAACAGUUUCGGGUCUGUAGGAAUUGAAAAUCUAGCAACAGGAGUCAACUCUGGGCAGGUUUCUAUUGCAAGUUUUUGGUCAGGUAUACCAGAAGUCCAUGCUAGUGUAGUUGCUUCGGCUACCCACAGAGCUGUAAACUGUAUCAAGGAUUUGAAAGUCAAGAAGCUUGGUAUUCCGGGAAGUGGUUCUCAGGAAGUAGCAGAAACAUUGAAGAAUAUGCCAGAGUUAAGAAGCGCGUUUGAUAUGGUCUCGUGUGUGCGUGUAAAACGUCAUAACAUCAAAGAGCUUGUGAACGAUAUAGAAGAAGAAAUAUAUCUGUGGAGGAAAAGAAGCUCAGAAACUGACAAUGAAACAAUUGUUGUGGAAAAGUACCUGAACUGUUUGUUGUUCGUAGAUUGCAGUGACACUUAUAUCGAUUUGCAUGACCCUGAGUUCAAAUUGUCCAAAUGGUUUGAAACUGUGCAGAUAGUGAUGACAAGUGGAUCAGAAAAUGCUUAUUGCCCAGUGGAUAUAGAGAUCAGAGUUGAGGAUCAUCUUCUACCUUGGAUAUUAUUCUCUGCAAAUGUUGACCUAGAAACAGUGAGCAAGUACACUAGGAUUCAAGAAAUGGCAACACGUUUAAUCGAAAAGUGUCAUGGCCAUUUACUCGCCAUCAUUUUACUUGCAAGGGCUUUGAGAGGUGUGGUUCAAGUUGGUGUUUGGGAAUUUGCAUUACAGGAAUUAGCCUCACAAAAAGAGUCUUCAUCAUCAUCACAGUUGGGUGUCACAAGUGAUGUCAUGGUGAAGGUGUUAAGAUUUAUUUGGUCUCGCAUGGAAAGCUUGUCUCAAAGGUGCAUUAUACAAUUUGCAACACGCUACAUAGGAACAGACUUUGAUAAAUUUUUGUUGAUAAACAGUUGGAUUAGAGAUGGGUUGGUAAAAACUGUACAGGAAGGAGAAAAUGUCUUUGAAGACCUCAUACGUUCCUUCCUUCUAGAACAAGUCGGGAAUAAUUGUGUUAGAAUGAGAGAUGAGACUCGAGUUAUUUUAGUUGCUGAAUUUGCACCUCGUGCAUAUGGACUUUAUCUUAAGCAAGAUGGUUCAGAAUCAAACAGAAUGCCAAACGUUGAAGAGUGGGAUGCAAGGGAAAUCCACUUAAGUAAUAACGUAAUAUCCGAGCUUCCAGAUAACCCCAACUGCCCAAUUCUUGUAAAUUUAUUCUUGCACUUCAAUCAAGAUCUGAUUGAUAUUCCCAUCACAUUCUUUGAUAACAUGCCUAGCAUCCAAGUUCUAGAUUUGUCAAGCACGAGCAUAAAAUGUUUGCCAUCUUCCAUUUCCAAGUUAACAACUCUUGGAAAGUUAUUCAUAAGAAACUGUGACCUUUUGAUGGAACUACCACCUGAAAUUGGAGCCCUUAAGAAUCUCAAGGUAUUUGAUUCAGAAGGAACACAGCUUGUAUGCUUACCAGAGCAAUUUGGAUCGCUAACCAAGUUGGAAUGCUUGAAGUUUUCUUUGUACAACUUUCCAGACAAGCCCAAAGCAAGCAACCAAAGUAUGCAAAUAAUUCAUGUAGCAGUUUUGUCAAAACUUAUAAGGUUAAAGGAACUAAGCAUUUGUGUGGAUUUUUAUGGUGAAUGGUGGGAGGAUGAGGUCAAACUUAUCAUUGACAUUUUGCCUAAGUUUUGGAACUUGGAAUCUUUGAGACUAUAUUUCCCUACCAUAGAACUGCUGGAGAUGUUUAUGGAGACACUGAACUGGAGAGGGGUCCCUCUUUACCAACAUUUGUCAAAUUUUGGUUUUGUUGUUGGUCACCUGCAACAACGUCUCAUAUCCCGUGUCCCACUUGACCUUACUAAGACCUUUGCAAAACUGCCAAAGUGCCUGACAUAUACAAAUGGCGAGGGGGACACACAAGUGAUUUCCAGGGUGCUAAAACAUGCUAAUUCUCUUUUCUUAGAUCGCCACUGGACUCUCCAGUCCUUGUCUGCCUUUGGGCUGGCGGAGAUGGAGAAGCUGAAAUUCUGCAUGUUAUCGGAAUGCAAUGAGAUGCUGCAGAUUGUCAAUGGACGCCAUGUAGAAGAUUUUUUCUAUAGAUCAUUUCUUGGAUCAUUACAACAUCUGUCAGUUCAUUACAUGAAGAGUCUUGGUUGCAUCUUGGAUGGUCCAAUUCAUAGUCGGUGUCUGUCCAAUCUAAAAACCUUGGCGAUGCAUUCAUGCCCUGAGUUGAGGACCAUUUUUACGCAGGGGUUGCUUGAAGGUCUCACUUGCUUAGAGUGUCUUAUCGUUGAAGACUGUAGUAUGAUCAAUAGCCUUGUUAGUUUGGGGUCCUACAACUCCACAUCAACUCGUUAUCUUCCAAGCUUGAAAAAGAUAUCACUUCUACACCUCCCUGAAUUGGUUAGCAUCUCUCGUGGUAUAAGUAUUGCCCCACGAUUGGUAAGUCUUGUCGUUUAUGAUUGCCCAAAACUUGAGAAACUAUCCUACAUGAAAGCAUUUGAUAAUGAUAUCAAGGAAAUUAAAGGAGAGAAUGAAUGGUGGGAUGCAUUGAAAUGUUUUUUUUUUACCACAGGUAUUGGGGAGCUUACUAAGGAAGCAGAAAGAAACAGUGCAAGUGGACACACGCCUAUGUGAAUUUAAAAACGAAGUGUGUGUUAAAAGGUGUAUGUUUGGGUGUGAUUUACAUAUGCCGAAACUUGCUAGAAUGAAAGUAUUUUAUUCCUGGUGAUCUAGUGAUAAGGGAGAGGGCAAAGUUUAACUUCAUAGUAGACACUUGGAAAGCGUUGAAGGCGAAGCAAAUCAACACUUUUGUAUAUCUUUUUGUAGUAGUGAACUAUUUAUAUAUUUUACACCCAAUUGUUAGAAAAU